AUGGCAGAUACACAAGGAGAAUGGCCGAAUCGCAGGUCCGACAUUCUUUUUGCGACAGUUCCUAUCAGUGCUCUCGCUACCAUCUUUCUUAUUUGGAGAAUUGUGUAUGGACUGGUGAGCAGGCGGAGCCUAUUGCUAUGUGACUACUUACUUAUCAUCGCUGGAAUGAUGAACGUAACCACAACCGCAAUACGCUUCAAGACAACUUACCACGGGCAGGGCAGACAUAUGAACGAUCCAAGCAUCAAGGUCCCAGAGGAUAUCCUUGCGUACAGUUAUUUCUUGUGGAUCGGGCAGGUCAUCAAUCUGAUGGCUGUGGCAGUUCUCAAGUACUCCAUUUGCACAUGGCUCUUGAUCCUGAAGUUUUCCAGAAUAUACACCAGUAUCGUCUGGGUGUCUAUUCUGUUAGUAACUGUUUUCACCUUCAUCUUACCGACACUGGGAGUAUUCUCGUGCACGCCUUUUGAGUCGAACUGGAACAGAACUAUCGAGGGGAAAUGUUUUUUUCGGGGAAAUUUGCAAUUGGCAUAUGCGCAGGGAGUUACCAAUGUGGUCACAGACCUUGUGUACGUCGUGGCUCCCCUACUCUACCUUUCCACGGUCCAGUUACCGAGUCGUACACAAUGGGGCUUGCGGUUUGUCUUCUGUCUUGGUCUCGUAGCAACAGCAUGUUCAGUCGUCAAGACCUUCGAGAUGAACGCCCUCCUCAAGACACAUGAUCCAACAUGGGACGGUGUAAACCUCUCCAUCUGGAGUGGAACCGAACUCUCAGUCGGCAUCCUGGUCGCCAGUCUACCGCCACUGCGCAAGCAGAUCGACACGAUUCUCCGCACGAUGCUUCCAUCAACGUUCAUGACAAAGACGAGAAUCCCAGCCAGUUUGCCCAUGUUCAAUGUCAACAAGACAAAUGAGCGAACCGGGAACAACGAUGACGGAGAUAGUGACCGGCACAUGCUUUCUGGGGAGGAGGACGGGAGGAUUAGGAAGACGGCUUUGAUCUUCGAAUUCGUCGAACGAUAUGACCUGUAUGCUAGACUGAGGAUGACCGGCCUUGGAACAUAA